AUGCUUCUCCCCAAAGGCGGUAUCAACUGGAAGUCAGCCCAGGCCAGACUACCUCCCACGAGAGCGAUAUGGGCCAUCGUCACCAAGACGCGCUUCCUUCUCCUGCUCGCCCUCACGGGCAUGAUUCUACUACUAUGGCGCGGCAUUCGCACGUCAGCUUCUGAGAUGCAGAGCUUCUACUGCUGGGGCCCCGCGAAACCCCCCAUGGAGAUGUCGCUCAAUGAGCAAGCUUCGUGGGCUGGCCACCUCCAGACCCCCGUCAUCUUCAACCACCACGAGCCCCUGGAGAUCAACCACACCUCCAUUCAACACGUCGACCUCAACCCCAUCAAGUCUACUCGCAAGGCCGUCAACAACGAGGAGCGCGUCCUGAUCCUUACCCCUCUCAAGGACGCCGCCCCUUACCUGUCCAAAUACUUCGAGCUGAUUGCCGAGCUUACCUACCCCCACCACCUGAUCGACCUCGCUUUCCUGGUCGGCGAUUCCAAGGAUGAUACUCUCGCAGUCCUGGCCUCUGAACUGGAUCGCAUCCAGCGCCGCCCUGACAAGAUCCCCUUCAACAGCGCUAUGGUUGUCGAGAAGGACUUCGGCUUCGAGCUUAGCCAGAGCGUCGAGGAGCGCCACUCGUUCAAGGCUCAGGGUCCCCGAAGGAAGGCCAUGGGUCGCGCCCGCAACUACCUCCUGUCCGCUGCCAUGAAGCCAGAGCACUCCUGGAUCUACUGGCGCGACGUCGACAUCGUGGACAGCCCCAAGAAGAUUCUUGAGGACUUCAUUGCCCACGACACCGACAUCCUUGUUCCCAACAUUUGGUUCCACCGAUACCGCGAUGGCCGUGACAUUGAGGGGCGCUUUGACUACAACUCUUGGGUUGAGUCUGACAAGGGUCGCAGACUAUCGGCUUCCCUUGACAAGGAUGUCGUCCUCGCUGAGGGUUACAAGGAGUAUGAUACUGGCCGCAGAUAUAUGGCCAAGGAGGGCGACUGGCGCAACAAUAAGGAUGAAGAGCUUGACCUCGAUGGCAUUGGCGGCGUGAACAUUCUCGUGAAGGGAGAUGUCCACAGAUCAGGAAUCAACUUCCCAUGCUACGCCUUCGAGAACCAGGCCGAGACGGAAGGAUUUGCCAAGAUGGCCAAGCGUGCCGGUUACCGAGUUGUCGGUCUGCCGAAUUAUGUCGUCUGGCAUAUCGAUACUGAGGAGAAGCCUGGAAACGCAUGA